AUGAGCCACUAUUCUAACGUUCAACAUCCGGCUGGAGAAUUUAAACCGUCACGGCCUCAAGAGCACCAUCAAGCAGGCCCAAAGCAUAAACCUGAUGUCAAAGCAUCGCCAGCGGAUAAUGUCCCCGAAUAUCACGCCGAGUCAGUUCCGGUAGGCUCUGCUCCUCCAGAACACACAUAUCAACCGCACCCAUCGGAGGAAUAUGCAGGGGAUGAAGAAGGCGGUGCUUCUGCAAGCGCAACUUUGACAGGUGCCACACCCGCAGACGUGUAUAGGGGCAUGGGAAAGCCGUUACAGGGCGAGACAAGGACGGAAAUGAGGCAUGAUGGCGAACAUCACCGCAAGAGAGAUGGCUCUGGGCUUGAAGGGGUGGGAGCAAACACAGCAAGCACCGAGACAGACCUGAAAAGGCUGCAGAGAGAGUAG